AUGAAAGCACCGCAGGGUGGGUGGACUCCACUGUUGUGGGCAGCCAGUAAAGGUCACACUGACUGUGCUAAAGAGCUGCUCUCCUCAGGAGCCGUGGUGGACCUGGCUAACAAGGAUGGGUGGACUCCACUGUUGUGGGCAGCCUAUGGAGGUCACACUGACUGUGCUAAAGAGCUGCUCUCCUCAGGAGCCGUGGUGGACCUGGCUAACAAGGAUGGGUUGACUCCACUCAUGGAGGCAGCCAGUAAAGGUCACACUGACUGUGCUAAAGAGCUGCUCUCCUCAGGAGCCGUGGUGGACCUGGCUGACAAGGAUGGGUGGACUCCACUGUUGUGGGCAGCCUAUGGAGGUCACACUGACUGUGCUAAAGAGCUGCUCUCCUCAGGAGCCGUGGUGGACCUGGCUAACAAGGGUGGGUGGACUCCACUGUUGUGGGCAGCCAGUAAAGGUCACACUGACUGUGCUAAAGAGCUGCUCUCCUCAGGAGCCGUGGUGGACCUGGCUAACAAGGAUGGGUGGACUCCACUGUUGUGGGCAGCCUAUGGAGGUCACACUGACUGUGCUAAAGAGCUGCUCUCCUCAGGAGCCGUGGUGGACCUGGCUAACAAGGAUGGGUUGACUCCACUCAUGGAGGCAGCCAGUAAAGGUCACACUGACUGUGCUAAAGAGCUGCUCUCCUCAGGAGCCGUGGUGGACCUGGCUGACAAGGAUGGGUGGACUCCACUCUUGUGGGCAGCCUAUGGAGGUCACACUGACUGUGCUAAAGAGCUACUCUCCUCAGGAGCCGUGAUAGACCUGGCUAACAAGGAUGGAGAGACUGCUCUGAUGAUGGCCAAGAAAUCAUAUCGCCCUAACCCUUCAGUAAUAAAGCUGUUGGAGGAAGCUGCUAAGUCACAUGGCCAUGAUACAGUCAGAGAAGAGGUGUCUUCUAAAUUAGGACCAUCCGCUAAACGAGUCACUCUUCAAGAACUAGUAGAGCAAUACAAUCUGACUGACGAGCAACUCGACAGUGAAAUAGAGGUUCCCGAUACUCCCGAAUUGGCCUUAUGUUUUGAUGAUGUGGAACUUUAUUCAACUGCAAUGGGGCUAGCUAUUGCUGAACAAGCCGAUGUGAACCAAUCACGUGGAACUCAAGCAGCCAUGAUGAAGUGCUUGCAAAUCUGGAAACAACACAAUCCUUUUCAAGCAACUUACAGAGCUCUACUGGAUAUCGCACUGAGAUUGAGGAAAGGAGACACAGCUCAUCAAGUCUGUCAGCAAUUGACCAAACUCAAUAUUCAAAACCGAACCUACUUAAAAAAACUGGAUGAGCUGAUGGCCGACAAAAGUGGUACUAUAGAGCUACACUACCUCAAGACACACUUCAUUGGUCCCUCGGGUCUUGGAAAAACGACCACUCGACAGCGGCUUGUUGGAUCCAUCACUAACCUGUCUUUGCUGCCUGAAGAUCAAAGGAAACGUUGCAGUACAUUACUAGUCGAGUGUGAACAAGUAUUGGCCUUUGUGGACAAAUCUGGAACAAAGCUUGAAUUCAAAGCAUCUUCAAGUCUAGAGGAAGAAACACAGUUUAUCUUCUCUUACCUUAUGUCCUGUGAACCUAUUGAAGACAGCACUGUCAGCAAUACUAGUACACCUAAGGAACAGCCCAAAAAAGAAACCACUGACCCAAAGAAGCUAACUCAACUCAAGAUCGAUGAAGCUGCUACUGUACCCAAAGAAACAGUGUCACCAACACCAGAACCACCGGAAAAGGUUGUGAAAGUGACCACUGUAGAUGUUGGAAAGGUUGUCUCGAGACUCCGGAGCAUUGUGGGUUCAGGAGAGUACACUAAAGAGCUGCUGAACAAAGUCCUACUCAAUCUGAUCGAUAUAGGUGGGCAGCCUGGAUUCGUGGAGAUGUUUCCUUUUCUAAGCAAAGGCGCAGGGAUUUUCCUAGUAUUCUUUCGACUGGACAAAGACCUCGAUGACAUGUGUCAAGUCUCCUACGAACGAGGAAAGGACAAGAUCACACCGUACGAUUCAACGUACACAAGCAGAGAAACGCUCUCUCAAAUCCUGUCAGCUAUCAACUACCAUACCAAGAUUGACUCGGACAUUGACAGAGAGCAGUGUAGUAAACUGGGCAAUCUAGGCUCUGCUAAGCCUGUUGCUACCCUCAUAGGUACUUUCAAGGAUGAACUGGCAAUGCAAAUCAAAGUCGAUCUCCUGUACGAGAAAUGUUUUGCCUCCACAAAAGCUCUCAGCAAAAGCGAUAGUACCACUGCCAGCAAGAGCAAUAGUACCACUGCCAGCAAGAGUGAUAGUACCACAGCCGACAAGAGCAAUAGUACCACUGCCAGCAAGAGCGAUAGCACCACAGCUGACAAGAGCGAUAGCACCACUACCAGCAAGAGCGAUAGUACCACUGCCAGCAAGAGCGAUAGUACCACAGCUGACAAGAGCGAUAGCACCACUGCCAGCAAGAGCGAUAGUACCACUGCCAGCAAGAGCGAUAGUACCACUGCCAGCAAGAGCGAUAGUACCACAGCUGACAAGAGCGAUAGUAGCACUGCCAGCAAGAGCGAUAGUACCACAGCUGACAAGAGCGAUAGUACCACUGCCAGCAAGAGCGAUAGUACCACAGUUGACAAGAGCAAUGGUACCACUGCCAGCAAGAGCGAUAGUACCACUGCCAGCAAGAGCGAUAGUACCACAGCUGACAAGAGCGAUAGCACCACUGCCAGCAAGAGCGAUAGUACCACUGCCAGCAAGAGCGAUAGUACCACUGCCAGCAAGAGCGAUAGUACCACAGCUGACAAGAGCGAUAGUAGCACUGCCAGCAAGAGCGAUAGUACCACAGCUGACAAGAGCGAUAGUACCACUGCCAGCAAGAGCGAUAGUACCACAGUUGACAAGAGCAAUGGUACCACUGCCAGCAAGAGCGAUAGUACCACUGCCAGCAAGAGCGAUAGUACCACAGCUGACAAGAGCGAUAGCACCACUGCCAGCAAGAGCGAUAGUACCACUGCCAGCAAGAGCGAUAGUACCACUGCCAGCAAGAGCGAUAGUACCACAGCUGACAAGAGCGAUAGUAGCACUGCCAGCAAGAGCGAUAGUACCACAGCUGACAAGAGCGAUAGUACCACUGCCAGCAAGAGCGAUAGUACCACAGUUGACAAGAGCAAUGGUACCACUGCCAGCAAGAGCCAUAGUACCACUGACAGCAAGAGCGAUAGUACCACUGCCAGCAAGAGCGAUAGUACCACUGCCGACAAGAGCAAUAGUACCACAGCCGACAAGAGCAAUAGUACCACUGCCAGCAAGAGCGAUAGUACCACAGCUGACAAGAGCGAUAGUACCACUGCCGACAAGAGCGAUAGUACCACUGCCAGCAAGAGCGAUAGUACCACAACCGACAAGAGCGAUAGUACCACUGCCAGCAAGAGCGAUAGUAACACAGCCAGCAAGACCACUGCCAGCAAGAGCGAUAGCACUACUGCCAGCAAGAGCAAUAGUACCACAGCCAGCAAGACCACUGCCAGCAAGAGCGAUAGUACCACUGCCGACAAGAGCGAUAGCACCACUGCCAGCAAGAGCGAUAGUACCACAGCCAGCAAGACCACUGCCAGCAAGAGCGAUAGUACCACUGCCGACAAGAGCGAUAGCACCACUACCAGCAAGAGCGAUAGCACCACUGCCAGCAGGAGCGAUAGCACCACUGCCAGCAGGAGCGAUAGCACUACUGCCAGCAAGAGCGAUAGUACCACUGCCGACAAGAGCGAUAGCACCACUGCCAGCAAAAGCGAUAGCACCACUGCCGACAAGAGUGAUAGUACCACAGCCGACAAGAGCAAUAGUACCACUGUCAGCAAGAGCGAUAGUACCACAGCCAGCAAGGCCACUGCCAGCAAGAGCGAUAGCACCAUUGCCGACAAGAGCGAUAGUGCCACUGCCAGCAAGAGCGAUAGUACCACUGCCGACAAGAGCGAUAGUACCACUGCCGACAAGAGCGAUAGCACCACUGCCAGCAAGAGCGAUAGUACCACAGCCAGCAAGACCAUUGCCAGCAAGAGCGAUAGUACCACUGCCGACAAGAGCGAUAGUACCACUUCCAGCAAGAGCGAUAGCACCACUGCCAGCAGGAGCGAUAGCACCACUGCCAGCAGGAGCGAUAGCACCACUGCCGACAAGAGCGAUAGCACCACUGCCAGCAAGAGCAAUAGCACCACUGCCAGCAAGAGCGAUAGUACCACUGCCGACAAGAGCGAUAACACCACUGCCAGCAAAAGCGAUAGCACCACUGCCGACAAGAGUGAUAGUACCACAGCCGACAAGAGCAAUAGUACCACUGCCAGCAAGAGCGAUAGUACCACAGCCAGCAAGGCCACUUCCAGCAAGAGCGAUAGCACCAUUGCCGACAAGAGCGAUAGUGCCACUGCCAGCAAGAGCGAUAGUACCACUGCCGACAAGAGCGAUAGUACCACUGCCGACAAAAGCGAUAGCACCACUGCCAGCAAGAGCGAUAGUACCACAGCCAGCAAGACCAUUGCCAGCAAGAGCGAUAGUACCACUGCCGACAAGAGCGAUAGUACCACUUCCAGCAAGAGCGAUAGCACCACUGCCAGCAGGAGCGAUAGCACCACUGCCGACAAGAGCGAUAGCACCACUGCCAGCAAGAGCAAUAGCACCACUGCCAGCAAGAGCGAUAGCACCACUGCCAGCAAGAGCGAUAGUACCACUGCCGACAAGAGCGAUAGCACCACUGCCAGCAAGAGUGAUAGCACCACUGCCGACAAGAGCGAUAGUACCACAGCCGACAAGAGCAAUAGUACCACUGCCAGCAAGAGCGAUAGUACCACAGCCAGCAAGGCCACUGCCAGCAAGAGCGAUAGUACCACUGCCGACAAGAGCGAUAGUACCACUGCCAGCAAGAGCGAUAGCACCACUGCUAGCAGAAGCGAUAGCACCACUGCCAGCAAGAGCGAUAGUACCACUGUCGACAAGAGCGAUAGUACCACUGCCAGCAAGAGCGAUAGUACCACUGCCGACAAGAGCCUAAAUGAACACGAAAAAAAAAAAGCAAUUCGGAACGUUUUGAAUCAACAGAAGAGUGAUGAGCAUGCUAACGUCAGUGCAGAUGACAUGGCUGCCAUUGAGCAAACAGUCAGCCAACACCUCAACUCAGACACUUUCAAGAAAGAUGUCCAAGACCGCUUAGAGCAAAAGUUGACAGAGAAAAACGAAGCUGUGACCAAGAUUACCAGCAAGUUUGAGAAAUUACUUUCAAAUCCAAAAGACAAGAAGUUCAUAGCAGUCGACAACUAUGAAGGCACUGAUUCUGAUAUGGAACCUCUUCGUGAACAUCUUCAUGGCAUAUUUAGUAGCUAUUUCAAAGAUGCCAAGCUUCGAAUUCGCCCACAACAGCUUUUGUUGGGAGUUGUACUGAGAAAAGAGUAUGACAUUGUGUCUAUGGAAGAUUGCAUUCGUAUCGGUACCGAGGGGUUAAAGAUGACAGAGAAGGAAGUUCGAUUCACCGUUUGGUACCUGGAUCGAUACAUUGGAGCUUUGAUAUAUCAUCCAGAGAUCAAGGACAAAGAUGGUUGGUUUGGAAACUUUGUCAUUUGCAACCCCCAAGUGGUAUUCAACAGCCUCAGUGUUUUCGUUGUCAAGCCGCUGCUGGAGCUCCAUUUUGAAGAGGGUAAUAUUCAGUUUAAUGAUAAUGAGAGAAAAAAUUGGAUACUCAAGGGUCAAUUCUUACUGAAAACAAUCACUCGAUGCCAUUCGGAGGAAAACCAGGGGGUGAAGAAAGACCAGUUGAUUCCUAUUGAGAAGCUGCUCAUACUACUCGAGCAUUCCCACCUUUUGGCCAAAAUCACAACAGUGGAGGAAGACCAUACCACAGAAGAAGUUGAAACGACAUAUUUCAUCCCCGCUAUUCUCAAGUGUGCAUCUCGCGAGGAACUAACAAAACCACCCCCCACUGGUAUUGAUACACCCUCUCCAAUCAAGAUCACAUUCAAACCCCAAUACGUUCCCAUUGGAGUAUUCUGUGCCAUGAUCAGUGAAUUGGUCUCAAGGGGGAGUACUGGAAUUCUGGGCAUGACAUGGAAACUUGCCGCUGAUACCUCAGUAAAGAGAAACCUCGUCUCCUUUCACAUUGACGAAUCUGCCAAGCAUUUUGUUACCCUGAUUUCUCAUGUUGAUUGCUACGAGAUACGGAUUAUUCGACAGAAUCGAAAGUAUACGAUGCACCAGCUUUGUUCCUACGUCCUCUCAACCCUCCUGUUGGUGAUGAAGGACAUUAGUCCACUACUCUCUCCAAUCAUUGCCUUCGACUGCUACUGUGGCAGACAUGAAAAUGCCACGAAACUCUGUGUCCUCACACCUGGAUUAUAUCCCAGCUUUAACUGCACCAGUGAAGUUUCUCUGAGUCCUCACCAAAAAUGCUGGUUUGCAGAAGAAGUCAGCCUGGGAGAUUAUGUUACUCUCCUUGCCUUGCCCUAUGCUGAGGACCUAGAUCCAAGCCUCUCUUUCAAAUGGAGGAAGAGAAAUCCGAAAAUUAAAGGGAUAGAAAAUGAAUUGGAAUUUAAGGCCUCGUCAAAUGAUCAUUUCGAGGGCUUUAUCAGUUGUGAGAUCUCCAAGAACCAAAAGCAUUUCUUUACCGUGUACCACUGCCUCAAAGAGAGUGUUGAGGACACCUCCAGCUCUGAAACUGAUCGGCUGUUUGCAGAUGUGAAGGAACUGAUCAAAGAGAUACGCUCUGACUGGUACAGCCUGGCUAAAGAGCUGGACAUUGACUAUGCAACUAGGAAUAGUCUUGAGAAGGACUAUCGAUGGAUUGAGCCGUGCUUUGAGGCCAUGCUGACACACUGGGUGAAGCGCUCCUCUCCUCCCCCCUCCUGGUCUGCCCUUGUUAGAGCACUAGAGUCUCCCGCCAUUGCUCGUGGGGACAUUGCAACAACCAUUAAGACAAAAGCUACCAGCGACAUCUCUCCUGAUAUUUGUCAUCUCACUCACGAUAAUGCUGGCUACAGUGUGCUGGUGAGCUGCAGUGAGAAGAUAGUCCAGUCACUCUCUGAGGACCUGAAGGCCUUGGCCCUCCACCUCCUGUCAGCUGAGCUCAUCACUGUGUCCAUUCUUGAGAAAACCAACGAGUUGAAUGAGACCAAGAGAAAGAAGGCCACCAGACUGUAUACUGCCCUGCUGCGUGUGAUCAAUCAUCACCCCCACAAGUACCACGAGUUUGUCUCCACUCUCAAACUCAACCCACUACACACUGACUUAGUCAGAGAAUUUGAUAGCAAGUACAUGUACUUUGUCAACAACCUUGUAUAAUUAUAUGAUCGUGCGUACUUUCGCACUGUCAUUCAAAGUUACAUAUCUUUCUUGAAUUUUAA